CAACAUUUCUCCACAGCGUCUCUUCCCUUCUUUAUCGAGAAACCGCCGAGGAAGUAGUGGAGAAGUACCGACUCUGCCAUUUUUGUCUUCUACGGGAACGACGCGCCAUUCAAGCUUUCAACGAAGGCCUCGUCGGUGGGUUUAGUGUGUGAUCAUCGUAGACCAACGUUGAUUGUUUGCCGCCCGGUUCUCCGCUUGGUAUUUGGCGCUGGGGUUUCUCGAAUUAGGGAUUUUUCUUUUUAGGGUUCUUGGGUAGCCAAACGGGGAGAACAAAGCGACCAUAUGCAACAAAAGAUGCAGCAGCCACAACAGAUGAUGCCCAUGAUGCCCUCGUUUCCGCCUUCCAACAUCACUACUGAGCAGAUCCAGAAGUUUCUUGAUGAGAACAAAAAGUUGAUCUUAGCCAUAUUGGACAAUCAAAACCUCGGCAAGCUGACUGAAUGUGCCCAAUACCAAGCACAACUGCAGAAGAAUCUAAUGUAUCUAGCGGCUAUUGCUGAUGCCCAGCCACAGGGACCUGCUAUGCCCCCUCAGAUGUCUCCACAUCCAGCAAUGCAACAAGGAGGAUUUUACAUGCAGCAGCAUCCUCAAGCUCAAGCUCAGGCUCAGGCUCAGGCUCAAGCUCAAGCUCAAGCUCAGGCACAAGCACAAGCACAAGCUCAAGCAGCAGCGGCAAUGGCUCAGCAGUCGCCAGGGGGUUUCCCCCCAAGGAAUAUGCCAUUACAGUAUAACAACCCCCCACAUCAAAUGCAGGAUCAUCCACAACAAUUACACCAACAAGCGAUUCAUGCACAACAGAUGGGAAUAAGGCCACCCUUGGGAAACAAUAAUAGCAUGCAUCAUACCAUGCAAGCUGCUGAUCCAAAUCUAGGAAGCAGUGGGCCCUCCCCAGCAGCAGCAGGAUCGAAUAAACAAGAUGCACCACCUGAAGCUGGAUCAACCGGUGGUGAUCGCCAGUGUAGCCCGGCUGCUGGUGAAGGUGGUGAGCAGGCGAAAUGACCAAACUGGGUUUUGAAUAAAACAUGAGUAUGCCUUCUGCUGUUUGAUUAGUUGGCAUAUUCACAGAGUGAGCCGGAUCUGUUUCUUGUGGUUCCCUUUUUGAUGUUGUGAACCCAGAACUGAAAGUGGUCCUCUUGGUUUUCGUGUUAGUGUUUGACAGAGUAGUCCUCUAGCGCAAGUUGUUUGGUGUCUGGUCUGGCUACUUUGAAGUAAUCUAAACCAGAGCUGUAGUUUCCUUUUCUUUCUGUUUCUUAUCUAUAGGGUUAGUUUUGGGAUGAGUGAUUUCUUGUUGUAAUCUGUGUGGUAGUGUUGUACUGACUGAUGAAACUCUCGAUUUCGUCGGGAAGUUUUCAAUAACUUGAGUUGGUAACGGAAAUCAUGUUAGAUCAGGUCGAGAAAAGUAACCAUAACAAAGAAAUUUCUUAGAUAAAAGAUACAAUAUACCAUUUUAAUUAGUUAUUUGAAUCUCGUCACCUUUCAUACAUAGGCUGAAAAAGAAUACCAUUAACUUGGAACAAAAUAUUCAGGCAAGUAAAAUAACCGAGUUGGAAGAAACAAAAUCUAAGAGGUGCGUAGCACCCAAUGCUGGCCAUCGAUCUGAACCGUAUGCCCAUACAUCUGGGCAAACAAAUGAACCGCCCGUCUGACCGACCGCCUAUCCCCCACGAGAAAAUAGUCAUGCCCAAACAUGACCCCACCCGGUCGCAACAACCGGUACGCCCGGUUCAAAUCGGACCAAAUCGAGGUAAACUCAUGACCCGCGUCGAUCUCGAUCAGAUCCGCGGUCACACCCCACUCGCACAACACCGACAGGGUCGAACCGGCGGAGAACGGGAGCGGAAGGACCGAGUCGGUCACGUUGGUAUAAACCGCGUUCUGCAUGAACUGAUACAACAGCGUCACGGCGCCGUUGACUUGCUUAAUAAAGGGGAACUCCUCCCUGAACCCGGCCCAACCCCGGAAGUCGUCGAUGCACAAAAUGACCGUGUCGUCGAGGCCGAGCUCACGCGCCAGCUUGGCCAUGUGGACGGUCGACGCGCCGAGAAAUGUCCCGACUUCGAUGAUGACCUCGGGGCGGACCUCCUCGAGGAGGUGGCGGAACACGGGCGUGGUGGAGCCCCAGCCUUUGAGGCACUUGUGGCGGAGGGACCCGGCCACGUGCGGCGGCGGGAAGUCGGAGAAAGGGGAGGUGCCGCCGUAGACGCGGUCGAUGAGGGUUUGUCGGAUCUGGCGGGUGGGUAAGGGGUUGGCGGCGCAGUUGGGGGAGGCUCGGAAGUUGUCGAGCUCGGCUGGGAGAGUCAUGGCGGCGGUGGUGGCAGUUGUUGUUGGUAGUUGGGAGUUGGGGAGGUUGUUGUUGUUGUCGUUGGCGGUGGAGGUGGAGGAGGCGGCGUAGAAGUAGCCGAUGUAGAAGGAGAGGAGGAUGAGGAGUGUGUAGAUUGCUGUGGAGUUGGCGGGCUGUUUGUUGCCGGCGGGGAGGCUCUUCCCGUCUUUCAUCUUAAUUUCUUUCUCUAUAUUAUGGAUGAAAC